AUGUCCAAUCCAGCAAUUAUAAUCAUCCCCGGCGCCUGGCACACCCCCCGCCACUACGCGCGCCUCAUCACCCACCUCUCCAACCACAACUACUCCGCUACGGCCGUAGCCCUCCCUUCCGUGAACUCCAGUCCACCCCUUCCAACCUGGGAAGAGGAUGCGCAUGCCGUACGUCACGCCAUCACGGAGAGACUCGAUCUCGGGCAAGACGUUAUCGCCGUCGCGCACUCAUUCGGCGGAGUCGCCAUGUCCGAGGCCGUCAAGGGCCUGGGCAAGGAAGAACGCCAGAAGCAAGGCUAUGCUACCGGUGUCCUGCGCCUGGUUUAUAUGUGCGCUAUGGCGCUGCCAAAGGGCCAGACGCAUGUUGGGCAGAUGAGACCCGUCACGCCAGAAGAGGAAGAGCGGGAGAAGAAACAGAAGGAGUAUGCGGAGAAGAACGGGGGGAUGCAAUUCACUGAUGACGGCGCAAUCCUCCUCCCCAAACACGCCAUCCGUGAUGUCCUUUACAACCGCUGCGACCCAGCUGACGUAGACGAGGCAUUGACUCAUCUAGGUUCAUUCCCACCAGGUCCAUUAACUGUGCCCACCACGUACACGGCCUAUCAUGAGAUCCCUAGUACGUAUAUUGUCUGCGAGAACGACAAUGCAUUGCCGCUGUCUGUGCAGGAACGGAUGAUUGCGCAGGGGGAGGGUGUUUUUCAUGUGGAAAGGUGUCAGGAGGGACAUUCACCUUUUUUGAGUAAUCCAGAGUUUGUAGUGGGGUGCCUGAGGAGGGCUGCUGGAGAGGGUGCUUGA